AUUCAUUAAGUGCCUACUGGACACAGAGCACUGAACUAGGCACCUGGCAAAUAGACUAGAAGUAAGAGACGCUCGAAGAGCUUUCAUCCCGACAGCUUUGCCGGCUCACAAGGCACAGGGCCGGGACAAGAUGCAUCAUCCACAGCUGUUCUUGUCCUUAUUUUCUUUGGUUUUGUUGGCAACUCCACUUGCAGCCAAAUGGGAACUGGAGAAAAAUGUUUAUGUUGUAGAAUCAGAUUGGCAUCCUGAUGCCGCAGCUGAAGAGGUGGAGCUCACAUGUGAUUCACCCAAAGAGGAUGUCACGUGGACAUUAGGCCAAAACAGCAAGCUCUUGGGAACCGGCAAGACGCUGACUGUUCAAGUCAAAGAAUUUGUGGAAGCUGGGAACUACACCUGUUGGCAUGGAGAGGAGGUGGUGGACCACAAAUUUCUGCUGAUCCACAAGAAAGAAGAAGGAAUUGGAUCCACCGAUAUUUUAAAGGAUUGGAAAGAACCCAAAAUCAAGACAUUUUUAAAAUGUGAAGCCAAGAGUUAUUCUGGUGCUUUCACAUGCUCGUGGCUGACAGAUGUCAGGAGUACAGAUUUGAAAUUCACCAUCAAGGGCAGUAAGGACUCCUCCGUCUCCCAAGGAGUGACAUGUGGACAGCCUGUGCUUGGUGAAGAAAAAGUCUUAGUAGGCGCCAAGGAAUACAACAAAUACACAGCCGAGUGUCAAGUGAGCUUCUGCCUGUAUGCUGAAGAAAGCCAGCCGAUUAAAGUUGUCCUUGAUGCUAUUGAAAAAAAUAAAUAUGAAAACUACACCAGCAAGUUUUUCAUCAGGGAUAUUAUCAAACCAGAUCCACCUACCAACUUGCAGCUAAAACCCUCCAUGAACAGUCAUAAGUCUGUGGAAGUGACCUGGGAGUACCCCCAGAGCUGGAGCACUCCUCAUUCCUAUUUCUCCCUAACUUUCCAAGUUCAGAUUUGUACUCCAGGCAAAAAAGAAAAGAUCUUGAUGGCGGACGGGACCUCAGUGAAGGUCAAAUGCCACAAAGAAACCAUGAUUCGGGUCCAGGCCAGAGAUUGCUAUUAUCACUCGUCUUGGAGCAAGUGGGCAUCAGUGUCUUGCAAUGAUGUUAAACAUUCCUGAUAAACCACCAGUGAAAAAGAGGAAGAGGGAGAAACAUGAAGAAGAGAGAAAAAGGAAAUGAAAGUACUAAGAUGUCCUCUGUUUGCUUUUGAUAGAUUGAAAAGAUUAGUGUUAUUAUCUGAAUAUUACCAUACGGCAAGUAAAACAAUAAGUUAUGAUGAUGAUGAAAAAAUUAAUGCUUGACCUGUUUGAAAGUAUAUCAGUGACUUUAAUUCCAUUGUUUCAGGGUACUUGUGUUAUUUAUGUAUUUAUUAAUUUAUAUUUAUUGUUAUUUAAUACUUGUUGAGUCCUAACAAGUCACAGCCUAUGAAUAAUUUAUGUUGGUAUGUUCUUAUGGUGCAAAAAUGUGAAUUUGAAAUAUUUAUUAUUUAUAUUAACUUUAGAACUUAAACUAAACAGGCCUCAGGUUUGUGAUAAUUGGUGAGAAGAAAAUGCUCAGUGCUUUGCCAAAAGCAAAUAGAAUAAUAUUGUGCAUCUGUAUUAGAUGGAAAAAUAAGAAAUAUUUAAAAUAUCAGUACUUGGGUACACACGUAAUUUAUCUGAUAUUUGGAUAAUAUGUGCAGUAACUGUUAAGAUGCCACUUUUAUGUGCUCAGAAAUGUUUUUUAAAAUGUUUUAUGUGCCAUUAUCUGAUAUUUGGAUAAUAUGUGCAAUAAUGUUAAGAUUCCUCCCAAGUCCUGUCCUCUUCCUGACUUCCCUAUCACUGUGGAUGGU